GCACGAUGUAUUGAAAAGAAAGAUGAAAAAAAAGAAUUAUUUGUUCAUUAUACUGGGUGGAAUUCUCGGUAAGAACAUCUUGAAAUCUCUUUCACAUAUAUAUCUACUAUAAAGAAUUCUUUAACAUAAAUGAUUCUUAAUAAUAAAAAAAACUUACUUAAUAACUAAUAUAUCUAUUAAGAUAGUCAAUAUAUAUAUAACAUCGCAUAAUGAUCAAAAAUACUAAGUAAGAAUACUUCAUUAUAAUAUUGUUAAGAUAUUCAAAAUACUGCAAAGUGUAAUUAUAUAUAUGACAUAUCAUUCAAAUAUUAAAUGAUUUAUUUGUUUCUUCUUCGCUCUUCAGUAUAAACGAAAUUGAUCUAUCCAGUGUUUAAUCGAAUUAAAUUAUUUUUGUUUUGUUUUCAUAUAUUUAGUCAUGAUGAAUGGAUAAAAUUAGAUCGUGUAAUAGAACGUAAAGAUUCAACAAAUGCAACUACAUUAUUUCAACAACGUCCACGUCGUACAAGUCAAAUCAAUACUUUACGACAACAACAUCUUGAUUCAACAAAUUCUUCAAAUUCGAAUGAACUAAAUAAUCCUCAACAGAUACCUAUUUCAUUAAUUGUUGAUAUUAAUUCAUCAACAACAUCAAUUGAUGAUGAUGAACAACAACAACAUAAAAUUGUUAAAUCAGUUUCAGUUGAAAGAAAUAAAAUUGAAGAAUCAGAUAUUGAUGAUAAUAGUCAAGGACAUAGUGAAAUUUGGAAUCAUGUAGAAACAAUAUCUUCUACAGAAGAUGAUGCCUUAUCAUAUUCAUCAACUAUUCGUACAAAUCAAUCAGAUAUAAAUCGAUUACCAAUUGAUGAAACAAUAAAUAUUGUACGAACUAUAUCAAUAACUAAUAAUGAAAAUAUUCUUUCAAUUCAUAAUGAAUUUGAAUCGAUUGAUGACAAUGAUACUGGUUCAAUACGAGAUGAUGAACCAAUUCAACCGGUAAUUCCUAAACGAAGACAAUCACGAGCAGCAUCAUCAAAUAAUAAGAUUGAUCCGACAUCAACUAUCAAAACUGAACAAAUCGAAGAAAAUCUUCCAUUAAUAACCGAUAUUCUUGAAUAUCCAUUACAUGUUAAAGAAGAAACAAUUGAUAGUACUUCAGUUAUUCAUCAAUCAUUUCAAACACCAUUAUUACCAUUAACAAUACCAUCAUCAUCACCGUUACUUCUAAUCGAACCAGUCCUACCUUCAGCUAAUAUAUUAACUUCACCUCCAGCAACAGCUACUGGUAAUCGUCGUGCUUCUGUACGACAACAAAAACGACGUUCAUUGCGUGAACCAAAUAAUACAAAAGAUUUAUCUACAUCGGCAAAGAAAAGAACUAAAUUAGAUAAUGGUACUUGUCUUAAUACAGAUCUUGGAACAGAUAAUAUUUCAAAUAAUGAACAAACACCAACAAGAUCGAAUUCAACCGAACAACAAUUAACCGAAAAUACUACGACAAAACGUUAUCGACCAUCAGGAAGACGAGGUGGAAAGAAAUUUGUUAAUCAACAAGAAUAUGAAAAUGAAGAUUAUCGUUCAAGUUCACCAUCGAAUAUAACAAUGCGUCAACAAUUAAAAGAUAUGUUUAAACAUCGACCAAGUCGUUAUAAUUUUCUUGAUCUGAAUAAUAAUUUAACUGGUGAUGAACGUAUAUCGCAUCUUAAAGAUCGUAUGCGUGAAUGUCAAAAAGUAUUUUUUAAUCUCAAAAGUGCGUUAGUUAAAAUUGAAAAACAACGUAAAGGAUUUCUUCGGAAACAAAAACCAAUUAUAAAUACACCAACAACAACCAUUAUACAAACAACAUCUACAGAAAUUUUAGGAACAUCAGCAUGUACAUAA